AAGUGCGAUAAUCACUGCUCCCUUGCCAUCAUGAUAAUAAAGCCUUUCCAGCUUGGACCUGGAGGCCUGGCUUCUCCCCGGAAAGGCAUGCUGGGAGUUGUAGUUUUCCCUGGUGCAGACUGUGGUUCCUGGAAACAUUAAUCAUGCCCCUUGGCUGGCAUCUCCCCAUUCAGUCAUGAGACUCCUCUUCUGUCCAGCAAAGGAAGGGUGGUUCAUCAAAGGAGGGAAGCUGGAGCAUGAAGGCUCCGCUUCUGAGCCCUUGGUGCUGGGAAGGGAUGGGCCCUAAGGGAGCAAGGGGUCCCAGCCACCUCCGCAGCCUUGCCUUGGCCCUCCUGCUCCUGCUCCUCUCUGGGUUUGCCUCUGGUGGUGGGAAGCCUAACGUGGUGAUGGUGCUCUGCGAUUCCUUUGAUGGAAGGCUAACAUUUCAUCCAGAAAAUGAAACAGUAGCCUUGCCUUUUAUAAGUCUCAUGAGGAGACAUGGCAGUGUUUUUCUUAAUGCUUACACCAAUUCUCCAAUAUGUUGUCCUUCCCGUGCAGCUAUGUGGAGCGGCCUUUUCACUCAUCUAACUGAAUCUUGGAAUAAUUUCAAGGGCUUAGAUCCAAAUUACACAACAUGGAUGGACCUCCUGGAAAAGCAAGGUUAUUAUACUCAGAAAUAUGGGAAACUGGAUUAUACUUCAGGGCAUCAUUCACUCAGUAACCGUGUGGAGGCUUGGACUAGAACUGUUGAUUUUUUGCUUCAACAAGAAGGAAGGCCUGUGGCAAAACGCAUAGGUAACAAGACAUAUGUAAGAGUCAUGCAGAAAGACUGGACAACCACUGAUGAAGCAGCUACUUGGAUAAGAAAGAAAGCAGUGAAUUUGACACAACCCUUUGUUCUUUACUUGGGAUUAAAUUUGCCUCACCCAUAUCCUUCACCCUCCUCAGGAGAAAAUCAUGGGUCAUCUACAUUUUUGACAUCCCCAUAUUGGCUACAAAGGGUGAUAUAUGAAGCCAUCAGGAUUCCAAAAUGGUCUCCAUUUUCAGAGAUGCACCCAGUAGAUUACUAUUCCUCCUACACCAAGAACUGCACUGGGACAUUUACCGAACAAGAAAUCCGAGAUAUCCGAGCACAUUAUUAUGCCAUGUGUGCAGAAACUGAUGCUAUGCUUGGAGAGAUUAUUUCUGCUCUGAAUGAAACAAGAUUACUCCACAUAACUUAUGUCAUAUUCACAGCAGAUCAUGGUGAACUUGCUAUGGAACACAGACAGUUUUAUAAAAUGAGCAUGUACGAAGCAAGUUCUCAUGUUCCUCUUCUUCUAAUGGGACCAAACAUUAAACCACAACUCAUAUCCAAUAUGGUGUCUCUUGUGGAUAUCUAUCCUACCAUGCUUGAUAUUGCUGGAAUCCCUAUACCCAAAAAUCUCAGUGGCUUUUCAUUGAUGCCAUUGGUUCUGGAGAAGACAGAAGAUGAAGUCCCGUCUAGAAAGGAACGUUCAGUUUGGGUUCUCAGCGAAUACCAUGGUUGUGAUGUGAAUUCUUCAACUUAUAUGUUGAGAACUGACAAAUGGAAAUAUAUAGCUUAUGGAGAUGGCCAUUCAAUAUUUCCUCAGUUAUUUGAUCUCUCUGCUGAUCCAGAUGAACUAAUGAACAUAGCAACAAAGUUUCCAGAAAUCACACAGUCUUUGAACAAAACACUCUUCUCCAUAAUUGACUAUCCAAGUGUCUCUAUCUCUGUUGAACAAUACAACAAACAACAGUUCAUCAACUGGAAACAAAGUUUAGGACAAAACUAUUCUGAUACCAUAGCUAAUCUCAGGUGGCAUCAAGACUGGAAAAAGGACCCUCAAAAAUAUGAGCAGGCCAUUGAGAGAUGGAUUGAAAUGAACACAGGUGAAAUGUUUACAGGAAGUCAUGACUGAAUAUUCCAAAUAAUCUGAUUCUGAUGGAAUGAAGAGAAACUAUCUCUUACUGCUACACCUAUUGGGAAUAGAAUUAUAGAUGGGGGAAAUAUUUCCUAUCACCAGUCUCCCCUACUUUUCCUGACAUAGAUUCAAAGCUGCAGUUAAGGGUUAAAAAGGUAAAGAUUAAGGUUUCCCCCUUGGACAAGGUUGUAAGUGGUUACAAUUACAGUAGUUACAAUUAAGGGUUAUACUAAUGUAAAAUGGUAACUAAUUCAGUUCCACCAUAAUCAGGAUUUGCUAAACCAGUUUCAAUUUCUGAUUUCAACCUUGGUUAUGAAAAAAACACUGUUAGUACAACACGGUUAUCAUGAAUGAUGGCAUAAACAACCUUGCUUGGAUGUGAGAACAAGCUUAAUUCAGCAAGCCUUUAGUUUUCCUCCUACAGCAUAGCAGUGAAGAGGAGAUCAGAAUGUUUUAUUUACACAUAUUUAUAAUUAUGUUCAAUUCACAUAAAUUGGCUUGUCUUAAAUGGUAAGCAGCCUUUCAUAUUGUCCCCAGAGAUGGUUGGACAAUAAUUCAUCUCCUUACUACUGGGCAUGGUAUCUAGGGAUAAUGGGCCCUGUAACCAAAAACAAAUCUGAUGACUCACCCAUAGGAAAGCCUGGUUUAGGAAAGAUCAGCUUGAAACAAUGACUUGUAAAGUUGGUUUCCUUAAAAACACAGUUAAAAUUAGCUACAGUUCAAAUUCUUUAGUGAUUUAUUCCUGCCAAUCAAAAAGCACAACAUAUUAUAUUCAGACUUAGUAAUAUUUAGAAUGGACUGAUUGAUAUGAGUAGUUUUUCUAUAAGUCUGAUUGAAUCCAAGCCAGUAUUUGUAGUACAGUGGUGCCUCGGGUUACGAAUUUAAUUCGUUCCGCGGCCGCUUUCGUAACCCGAAAAGCCUUCGUAAGCCGAAUUGCCAUAGGCGCUAAUGGGGAAAAGCCGCGGUUCCGUUUAAA